AGGGGCGGAGCUUCGCCCAAACCGGGAAGCGGAGCCCGAUCCGGAGCAGCGGAGGCUGCGCGCUGCGUUCGACGGGAGAUUUUCGGGGCAGUGAGAAGCACAUCCCGGCCUCCCCAUUCUGUGUCUCCCUCUUUUUUUACACCAUCAGUCCGGACAUGGCCGACCCAGCAACGGACGGUGAUGCGGGGGCCGCGCGCGGCUUUGCGCGUCAGGGCGCGCUGCGGCAGAAGAAUGUGCACGAAGUGAAGGACCAUAAGUUCAUCGCGCGCUUCUUCAAGCAGCCCACCUUCUGUAGCCACUGUACCGACUUCAUCUGGGGUUUUGGCAAGCAGGGCUUCCAGUGCCAAGUGUGCGGUUUUGUGGUACACAAACGCUGCCAUGAGUUCGUCACAUUCUCCUGCCCAGGAGCAGACAAGGGGCCGGCGUCCGACGAUCCCCGCAGUAAACACAAAUUUAAGGUACAUACCUACUCCAGUCCCACUUUCUGUGACCACUGUGGAUCUCUACUUUAUGGACUCAUACAUCAGGGGAUGAAAUGUGACACCUGCAUGAUGAAUAUUCAUAAACGUUGUGUGACCAACGUCCCGAGUCUGUGUGGGACGGAUCACACGGAGCGGAGAGGACGACUGCACAUCAGCGCCGACAUCAAGGAGAGCAAACUGACCGUAACCAUCAGAGAGGCUCGGAACCUGGUGCCCAUGGACCCCAACGGCUUGUCGGACCCCUACGUGAAGCUUAAACUGAUUCCUGACCCCAAGAGCGAAAGCAAGCAGAAAACCAAAACCAUCAAGUGUUCACUGAACCCCACCUGGAAUGAGACGUUCACAUUUAACCUGCGUGAGACGGAUAAAGAUAGACGUCUGUCUGUGGAGAUCUGGGACUGGGAUCUGACCAGCAGGAACGACUUCAUGGGUUCUCUCUCCUUCGGCAUUUCCGAGCUCCAAAAGCAAGGGGUCAGUGGCUGGUAUAAAUUGUUGGGCCAAGAAGAAGGCGAGUAUUUUAAUGUUCCAGUUCAACCAGAUGGUGAAGAAGGAAACGAGGAACUUAGGCAGAAGUUUGAGAGAGCCAGGAUCGGUCCAGGCAACAAGAACACUGACAGCUCAUCAUCCAACAACAUCUCCAAAUACGACACCAACGGCAACCAGGACCGCGUGAAACUGUCCGAUUUUAAUUUUAUCAUGGUACUGGGAAAAGGCAGCUUCGGAAAGGUGAUGUUGGCUGAUCGUAAAGGAACAGAUGAACUGUACGCUGUGAAGAUCCUGAAGAAGGACGUCGUGAUCCAGGACGAUGACGUCGAGUGCACCAUGGUGGAGAAGAGAGUUCUGGCACUUUCGGGAAAACCGCCUUUUCUCACACAGCUGCACUCGUGCUUUCAGACCAUGGACCGCCUGUACUUUGUGAUGGAGUACAUUAACGGUGGAGAUCUGAUGUACCAGAUACAGCAAGUAGGGAAGUUCAAGGAGCCACAUGCUGUGUUCUAUGCUGCAGAGAUUGCCAUUGGUCUUUUCUUCCUCCAUUUAAAAGGCAUCAUUUACAGAGACUUAAAGUUGGAUAACGUGAUGCUGGAUUCUGAGGGUCACAUUAAAAUCGCUGACUUUGGUAUGUGUAAGGAGAACAUGACUGACGGUGUGACCACAAAGACCUUCUGUGGAACUCCAGACUACAUUGCACCUGAGAUCAUUGCCUAUCAGCCGUAUGGGAAGUCUGUGGACUGGUGGGCGUAUGGAGUUCUGCUGUAUGAGAUGUUAGCAGGACAGCCUCCGUUUGACGGCGAAGACGAAGACGAGCUUUUCCAGUCCAUCAUGGAGCACCACGUUUCCUAUCCCAAAUCCAUGUCCAAAGAAGCCGUGGCUAUAUGCAAGGGCCUGAUGACGAAGCAUCCAGGGAAGCGUCUGGGCUGUGGACCUGAGGGAGAGCGGGACAUUAAGGAGCACGCGUUCUUCCGCUACAUGGACUGGGAGAAACUCCAGAACAAAGAGGUUCAACCUCCGUUCAAACCUAAAUCAUGCGGUCGAGACGCAGAGAACUUUGACCGUUUUUUCACCCGCCAUCCUCCAGUCCUGACCCCUCCAGACCAGGAAGUGAUUCUUAACCUGGACCAGGAUGAGUUCCAGGGUUUCUCUUACAUUAACCCUGAAUUCCAAGCUCAGGAGUCCAAGUAGCCAAUAGCAGAGCGGCGCUGGCACCGAGACCAGUCAGAUCGGAGAACCUGAAACAACCGAGUCCUAAAGAGCCAAUCGUAUUGAUCAGUCUGUAUUUACAUCUACGCUUCCAUUUGUUUCAUACAAUUCAUGCUGGUUAAUCAUCUCACACACACACACACACACACACACACACACACACACAUAUUACCCUUCUAUGGUGUUAUAAACUACAUGAGGAUUAUAAAUGUUUACUUUUUAUUAUUCUGAUAAAAUUAUGAAUGCUGUAUUUGCGUAUCGUUUAGGGGCGGAGUUUAUAUAUAUAUAUAUAUAUAUAUAUAUUUAUAUAGAUGACAUAAAUUAUCGAGAAUAAUGAUAUUAUAGAUAAUAUACUGUAAGAUAUAAAAUAUAAAAAUUAUUGAAUAUUUGCCAAAAUACACAAAGCCACUUAAGUAGAUCAGUCUGUUGCUGGUACUUUUUUGUUUAUUUAAAAUUUUGUUUGUUUGUUUAGGUUUUUUUGGGCCUUGUUUAUCAAAGUGGAUAACGAAUAAAAUUGGUUCUCAGGAAAAUUUGGAAAAACUACAAGAAUUUGUGUAAAUUUCCAUAAAACUAACACGAAUAUCCGACACUAGCUGUUCAAUCAGGACAAAGUAAUGGGGUUGUAUAAAAGGGGGCGGAGUUAAAGCGGGUCACUGGGAGCUGCAGUGGCUGAGCUGCAUUACUGGAAUCGAGGCGGCCGACUUCUGGAGUUUUGUGGGCGUGUCUACAUGUAAAUGAGCUAUAAACACACUCAAUUCAUGCUGAUUAGUUGUGUAUUAUUAUUUAUCAUGUUAUAAAUCUGACAGGGAAUUUUAUCUCCGUUUGUGUCUGAAACGAAACUUUUUUACACACGAAUGCUAAAAGUUUGAUAAACGAGGCCCAGCGUGAGGAUGUAAAUACUCAGAUCUUCAUCUCGUUGUGUAUCUGUGCCAAAUCAAGAGUCAGGGCCGGAUUACAGUCUGGUCUUGAGAUGUAGUUUAUUUUACAUCAGUGAUCCUCAAACCAGUCCUCAGGGACCACGUGCUUUUAUUUUAUUCUUUUUAUUUUAUUUUAUUUGCUGGCCAUCUCUAGCACAUGUGUAUCAGGUAUACAGUGUUGUGUUGUGUUGUUUUGGUUUGGGGGGAAUCACUGCUUCCUGUCAGUCAGUGGUGUGGACAUCAGACCUGGUUCAUGAACUUAGACACAAACUAAUGACUGCAGAUCCAUCCUUCAUCCUUCAAGCAAAACUUAUCGAUCUUUCUCACAGCCCCAGUGUUAUUAUUAGUGAUCUUAUGUCAAAAAAAAAUCAACAUAUCUUUUAUAGUCCAAGAAAACCUACUAAUCUGUGUAGUAGAUAAUGACGACUCGUGUUAUAACCAGAAGCCCUCAGAGUCUUGAAUGAGAAUAAAUCAAUCCACUGUGACGAAACGGUACAUUUUAAAUCUAUAUAAAUAUAAAGUCUAUGAAUAUUCUUUGUUUUUUUUUGUUGUUGUUUCUCAUAUAAACUGAAAAAAUCUUUAAACAUACAGCACAUUGUUAGUGUGAUAAUAAUGUGUUGUUUAUUGCGUUUACCCAAAACCAGCUGAGUGACCAGCUAACAUGGAACAAAAUAAAGGCAUGUAUACGUUUAAAA